ACUGACGCCAGAUUUCAUUCUACCGCCCGCCCCUGUUUCUUGACUGCGUAGCAAUUUGAACGUUCCACGCUGUAGCUAUCUCCAUCCCUCCCAUCUCUGUCUUGAUCCUUCGUCUUCACCGGAACCAGAGCAUCUUUUGUAUAUCUAAUUGGUAUUCUCUGUCAACCCUUAUCGGUCUUUUCGGGUUCCUCUUUGCUACUAAGAACCUCAGCUCUUAAGCUCUCCUGCCACCCCUGUUUUGCUCUUCCACUUCAUCUUUUGCUUAUAUCCUCAUGGUUCCUAAACUUAAAGGCUCCACAAACAAGAGAUCUUGUGCUUGGACUGCUUUAGUUGCAAUAAUUUUCUUAUGUAAAACAUUCAAGUCGGUGCUUUCCAUUUCAGAUCAGACCACAGAAUCCAAAUUCUGUCAGAAUCAAUCAAAGCCUUUAGCAUGCGAGUCAUUACCACAAGGAAUUAUAAUCAGCACAACAAAUUUGGAAAUGCAACACCUGUGGAAAUUUGCACUUCCCCAAAAGAAAAAGGUAAAUAAUGAUCCACCAAAGACUUUGUUGGCCAUGGCAGUUGGAAUAAAGCAAAAGAAAAUAGUGAACAAAAUAGUCAAGAAGUUCUUGUCCAUUGAUUCCACUGUGAUGCUUUUUCAUUAUGAUGGUUUUGUAAACGGAUGGAGAGACUUGAAAUGGAUUGACAGGGUAUUGCAUAUCUCUACAGCCAACCAAACAAAAUGGUGGUUUGCCAAGCGUUUCCUACACCCUGAUGUAGUUUCAGAGUAUGAUUACAUUUUCCUUUGGGGUGAAGACCUCAGAGUGGAUUAUUUCAAUCCUAAACGUUACUUAUCCAUUGUUGAAAGCGAAAGGCUAGAAAUAUCCCAACCUGAGUUGGAUUUAAGCAAAUCUGAGAUGCAUCAUCGAAAUACCGUGCGUACAAGGAAUUGGAACUUUAACAGGUGGCUAGAAAUGAGGGCUCCUGUCUUUUCAAAGUCAGCCUGGCGUUGUUCUUGGCAUUUGAUUCAGAAUGAUUUAAUUCUUGCAUUGGGAGUGGAUUUUAAGCUCGGAAAUUGUGCUCAGGGAGAUAUAACAAAAAAUGUUGGCAUAGUGGAUAAGAAAUAUAUUGUUCAUAGAAGAAUCCCCACUUCUGGUGGUUUUGGUGGUUCUGGUGUUAACAAGGCUCCCCAUUGCUGAUUGAGCUCAUGUGAGCCUGCGUUCAUACACUGAACUCCUACCUUUCAAAAGAGGCCAAAUAGCAACAAGCAAGGAUAUUUGUGAAAAGAUCAAUAUGCAAAGUCUACAGGAAAAGUAAUACAUUUAUCUUUUACCCUCCCUUAAUAGGUUGAGAUAGUCUAAAAUUACACAAGAACAUAUAAAUGCAAGUAUUUUUUCCCUGAUUAUAGAUAAAAAGAAAACGGUAAUACAAAAUAGAAUUUACCCAAGAAAACAAGUUGUGACAAUCUCCUGAUAUAGAUGCUGUUAGAAGCAGCUUAUAAUCAGAGAUCUAAUAAAAAGUUCCUCUUGAUUGCAUCUGUGUCAAGAGCUCCUGACACAACUUUUUUCAUUUUACAUGGUGUGUAAAUAGAAAGGAAGAGAGAAAUAUGACAUUUGUCAUUGCAUGAUACUUGGAUGUAUUUUUUUAGGGCAUUGUGUAUUCAUAGAGGUUAUACGAGUUAUCGUUGUACGUGGGAGUAGUAUUGGGCUUCGUUUGGAAUGACUUUUUUACUUUUCGCUAAAGCAGGUUCUUAAUACAAAAAUUUCAAGUUAAAAAAAAAUUUUGUACUAAAAAGCUGCUUUAGAAAACAAUAGAAAAAUUGCCGCCAAACAAAACCUUAUAGGUCCACAGUUUUGUAAAUUUAUUCAGAUUGAAAAUAAGGAACUACUUUUCUUAUUUGCA